GGAAAAAGUGGAGAGAAUAUGGUAAUGAAGGCCACAUAUACCCCCUCAUUAACGCACUGUCCCCUUCAUUCUUAAAGCUUUUUCCACGAGAAUUCCGCUUUGCUUCUUCUCUAAUCGAAAAUCAUCAAAUUUAUAAUCAAUCAAAUCAAACGAUAAACAUAUUUAAUAAUUUUGUAGAUCACACACAGUGUGAGUAAAUCCGGUUUGAUCCAUUCACCGAUCAUGUCAUGUUCACCGUCGUCAUCGUCGGCAUCGGAAGAUGAAGAUGAAGGAAUGGAUUCAUACAGAAAAGGAGGAUAUCAUGCCGUGAGAAUCGGCGAUUCAUUCUCCGGCGGCCGAUAUAUCGCUCAGCGAAAACUCGGCUGGGGUGAAUUCUCCACCGUUUGGCUCGCUUACGAUACGCGAUCGUCCGGAUUUGUAGCCUUGAAGAUCCAGAAAAGUGCGCCACAAUUUGCUCAAGCUGCUCUUCACGAAAUUGAAAUCCUUUCUGCUAUUGCCGACGGUGAUCCCUCUAAUAGUAAAUAUGUUGUUAGACUUAUUGACCAUUUUAAGCAUACAGGUCCAAAUGGACAGCAUUUAUGCAUGGUCCUUGAAUUUCUUGGUGACAGCUUAUUGCACCUCGUCAAAUAUAAUCGUUAUAAAGGCCUUGAACUGAACAGAGUUAGGGAAAUAUGCCAGUGCAUUCUAACUGGUCUAGAUUAUUUGCACAGGGAACUUGGACUUAUUCAUACAGAUCUAAAACUUGAAAAUGUUCUUUUACUUUCCACGAUUAAUACCACAAAGGAUCCAAUUAGAUCGGGAAUGGCGCCGAUACUUGAAAGGCCUGAAGGGAUCCCAAAUGGAGGAGCAACAAUGAAUAUUAUUGAGAAAAAGCUAAAACAAAGGGCAAGGAGGGCAGCAGCCAGGAUAUCUAAUAGACGAGCUUCAAUGGGUGGGGUGGGCGGAGUUGCGAAAGCAAAUAGAAGUCUUGAUGGAAUUGACAUAAGGUGCAAAGUUGUGGAUUUUGGAAAUGCAUGCUGGGCUGACAAGCAGUUUGCACAAGAAAUUCAAACACGGCAGUAUAGAGCUCCAGAAGUUAUACUUCAGUCUGGAUAUUCAUUCUCUGCUGACAUGUGGUCUUUUGCUUGUAUUGUAUUUGAGCUUGCUACUGGGGAGAUGAUGUUCACACCCAAAGGUGGACAAGGUUUCAGUGAAGAUGAGGAUCACCUUGCUAUGAUGAUGGAGCUUCUAGGAAAGAUGCCCCGGAAGAUAGCCAAUGGUGGGGCUCGCUCUAAAGAUUACUUUGACAAAUAUGGAGAUUUGAAGAGGAUCCGGAGGCUGAAGCACGGGUCUUUAGAAAAGUUACUUAUUGACAAAUUUCGAUUUUAUGAAAUUGAUGCCCAUGAAUUUGCCAAAUUUCUUUGUCCCCUUCUUGAUUUUGAGCCAGAGAAUCGACCAACGGCUCACCAGUGCUUGCAACACCCAUGGCUCAACGUUAAAAGUCUAAACCAAACAGAGGUGAAGAGUGAAUCUGGUGUGGAAACGGUCAAUGUCGGGAUGAGAAACCUACAUAUGAAGGGCGGUAAGUGAUGUAUGAAUGAAUGGAUGGGUGAUCUUCUCACUGCAAAGUGCCUACCUUUUGCCUCUCUCCCUCAGUAUCAGAUUGCUUGUGAAUUAAUUUUGGAUUUUUUAAAGGUUGAAUUAGAUUCAAGUGAUUGGUUAGACAUAGCUGUAUUAAUUUGAUUGAUUACGGGGAGGAAACGACCUCCAGAAGGAGAAAUUGGCAUCAGUUCUGAAAUAUUCCUCGGUUAAGCUUCCACGUAGUUGUUUUAAUGAUGUUGACAUUCACCAAAGAGAUAAUCCUGCAUUCCGCAAACAAUUAAGGUUCCCAUGUUCUUUUUGAAGGUCUGGGGGGAAUGAAGCAAGCUCCAGAAUGAGUAUAUGGGAUCCUCUUGAUGUGGAGUGUGUGUUGUACAUUAAACAUCUAAAGAGUGGAUUCUGUGGAGGAUUUUUCUUCUCCAUUUCUGCAGGCAGAAAGUGGCAGGAGAAGCUAAGGCCCCCAAUUUUUAUUUUUUAUUUAUUUUAACUCAGGUUGAGGUCCUUGUAACAACAGAUAUAUAAAUUUUUGUAUACGUUACUCUGAAAAUAUUAGUUCUCACUGAAUUUUACAUGAACCUACCAUUUUUUCUUGUUGCG